AUGGGUAUUUCGCGUGAUUCCCGCCACAAGCGCUCUGCUACCGGCGCAAAGAGAGCCACCUACCGUAAGAAGAGAGCCUUCGAGAAGGGUCGUCAGCCAGCCAACACUCGUAUCGGCAACAAGAGAAUCCACCUUGUCCGCACUCGCGGUGGAAACACCAAGUACCGUGCUCUGCGUCUCGAGUCCGGCAACUUCUCAUGGGCAUCUGAGGGCAUCUCCCGCAAGGUCCGCGUCGUCCGCGUCGUCUUCCACCCUUCCAACAACGAGCUUGUCCGCACCAACACCCUCACCAAGGCGGCCGUCGUCGAAAUCGACCCUGCCCCAUUCAGACAAUGGUACGAGGCCCACUACGGCCAGACCCUCGGCCGACGGCGCCAACAGAAGACCGAGACCGAGGAGGUGAAGAAGAGCAAGAGCGUCGAGAAGAAGCAGGCCGCCCGAUUCGCCGCAUCCGGCAAGGUUGACUCCGCCUUGGAGCGUCAGUUCGAGGCCGGCCGCAUGUACGCUGUUGUGUCGUCCCGCCCCGGCCAGAGCGGUCGUCUGGACGGAUACCUGUUGGAGGGUGAUGAGCUGGCAUUCUACCAGCGUGCGAUCAGGAAGUAG